CUCUGAAAGGUUUAUAGACACGAUGCUCCUCCUCCUUUAGUCUUCCUUUCCUCAGGUGAAUUGAAAGUGCAUUGUGUAAUCCUGAAGUGUGCACCUGUGCAACAAAGGCGCGGUGAGCAUGAUGCUGAGAGAAGUGAAUAGAAAAUGAUUUGUAUUAUGCAAAUGGAGAUUCGGGAUUGUUAUGAAAACAACCGUGCUAAUCUCUCUCCGUGGUCGCUGGAGCGCAGGGAAUCACAGUUCAGCUAUGUCAUUGUGCUGCCGGAGAGUAACGAGGAAUUUAGCGCAGUCCAGUUUGCAGGUUAGAUUUUAAUGCCUGAAUCUGAGCUGCUCAUGCCUCACGCUUCUUUCACGACUUUCAAAUUGUCGUUUAGCGUGCCACAGUGACUGCUGGCAGGGGAAUCAGUAGCAUCAAUCUUCUUCUUAAUGUGCUGUGGUAUAAGUAGUAGUAUUGUUAAACACCUGCAACGAGGCGCAAAACUGCAAAAGCUUGUCAGAUCAUCUCAUCAAUCAGUUUUCCACUUAACCAGAGUGCAGUAAAGGUCAGACUCUUCAGAGCAGGAUGUCCAAAGAAGACUUCGAAUCUGGCCUCACAUGGGAGGUGAAGGCAAACAGCCGUCGCUAUCACAAACACAAACAGAGGAAAUCUUUCCUGUGCUUCACCAGGGGACGAUACUCAGACAAUGUGGUGCGCAGCCACAAGUACUCCCUCCUGACUUUCCUGCCCCUGACGCUGUUUGAGCAGUUCCAGCGAGCUGCUAAUGUCUACUUUCUCCUCAUGGUGGUGUUGCAGUGUGUCCCUGCCAUCUCCUCCAUACCUUGGUACAUCACCAUCAUCCCGCUCUUGGUUGUGCUCUCUGUGAGAGGACUCAAAGAUUUAGCCAGUGACAUGGCAAGGCGACGCUGCGACUCGGAGAUUAACUCCCGACCCUGUGACGUACUCGUCUCCCAGAGUUUCAUGACAGCCCAGUGGAAAGAUGUGUGUGUUGGAGAUGUGUUGAGGAUCCGCAGAGACCAAAUCAUUCCUGCUGAUCUUCUUCUGCUCUCCAGUUCUGAGCCUCAUAGCUUGUGUUAUGUGGAGACUGCUGAUAUUGAUGGCGAGACCAACCUUAAAUACCGGCAGGCGCUGGACGCAACACAUAAUGAGCUGACCUCUCACCCUUCAGAGGAGGCCCUUGGAGCCUUUAAUGGCAUUGUGCUCUGCGAGGAACCCAACAAUCGCCUGUACACUUUCAGAGGUCAGCUACAAUGGCAAGGAGAGUGCUUCCUCCUGGAAAACGAACAUGUCCUCCUUCGGGGAACAGUCCUACGCAACACAGACUUUGCCUACGGCCUGACGAUAUACACCGGCGCAGACACAAAAAUCUUGAGAAACUGCGGGAAACUGAGAGUAAAAAGAACUCAACUGGAGGAAGUUUUCAACAAAGUGGUAAUCGGGAUUGUCCUGUCGGUUCUGCUGGCUGCUCUGCUCCUUGCCAUCGGUGCAGGCGUGUCUUCAUAUCAGGUCAUGACCCAAACAUCGUUCCUGUCUGCUCUGGUGGUCGACGGCAACCCAGCUUACAACGGAUUCCUCGUCUACUGGAGUUACAUCAUCCUUCUCAGCCCGGCCAUGCCCAUUGCGCUCUACAUCACGUUUGAGGUGAUACACACAAUUCACAGCAAGUUUAUUGGCUGGGAUUUGGAGAUGUACUGGCAGCAGACAGACAAACCUGCAGAGGCCAGGAAUACCUCUCUGAGUGAGGAGCUCGGCCAAGUAGGUUACCUGCUGAGUGACAAAACUGGCACAUUGACCCAGAACCGCCUGCUCUUCAGACAAUGCUGCGUCGCCGGACAAAUCUACGGUGACGCCUCAGUCAGUGCAGAGGAUGUAAAGCCCAUGGAUUUGAGCUGGAACCCGUUCUCCAGCGGUGGCCUGCGUAUGUUCUCUCCCACACUAGUGGAGACGCUCAGAGGACAGCGGUGUCCAGUCGCCACACAGUUUCUGUCUGCGCUGGCUCUGUGUCACACCGUCAUGGCCGAAUGGAAGGAAGGAUUCCCGGUUUACCAGGCUGCAUCACCAGAUGAAGAAACUCUUGUUGGGGCUGCCAGGGAGCUUGGCUGGGUGUUUCUUUCCAGAACAAGAGAUUUUGUUGUUGUUUCAGAGCUGGGUGCCACUCGCCAGUACCAGCUGCUGGCGCUGUUGGACUUUACCAGCAAAAGGAGGCGAAUGUCUGUCCUAGUACGUGACCCAGAGGGUGGGUUGAAACUUUACUGUAAAGGAGCGGAUGUAGUAAUACUGGAGAGACUUCAGAAGAACUGUCCACAUCAGGAAAGCACUGAAAUGGCAUUAGAGCUGUUUGCCGAGGCCUGUCUGAGGACGCUGUGUGUUGCGGUUCGAUCUGUUCCUGAGGCAUUGUGGGAGCGGUGGAGUAAGACUCUGGCCCUGUCUGCUGCCAUGGCGACCUGCGAGCGUGACACCCUACUGGAGAAGCUGUACGAUGAGAUGGAGAGAGAUCUGCUGCUUCUGGGAGUGACGGCAAUUGAGGACCGGCUCCAGGAGGGAGUUCCUGAGACAAUCGCUCUUCUUCAAGAGGCUGGGAUUAAAGUAUGGGUGCUGACUGGAGACAAAAAAGAAACCGCAGUGAACAUCGGAUACUCUUGCAAGCUGCUGCACCCUGAAAGCAGAUUAUUGGAGUGGCAGGAACUCAGGCAGAUUCUCCAGUCUGCAGACCCACAGGUCAGCUUCUUCAAAGCCAAGCAGACAGAGCUGUGGGCUACACACAAGGAGAUGGCAAGAGCAAAAACUUCUGUGGUCCUCACCGGAUCUGAACUGGCAGAGUUUGAGGAGAGACCAGAGUGGGGGGCGUCCUUCAUGAGCCUGGCGGAGCAGUGUCAGUCGGUGCUGUGCUGCAGAGUGACGCCUGCUCAGAAAGCUGAGAUUGUGAAGUUGGUCAGGAAGCACACCGCCUCCAUCACCAUGUCCAUUGGUGAUGGAGCCAAUGAUGUUAACAUGAUCAAGACGGCUCACAUUGGAGUGGGGCUGGCUGGCCGGGAGGGAGGUCAGGCCGUCCACAACGCAGACUUUGCUGUGUCCCAGUUUAGAUUUUUGCAAAGACUGCUGCUGGUCCACGGUCGCUGGUCCUAUCGCCGCAUCUCCCUCUUCCUGUGCUACUUCCUGUUUAAGACCUGUGGUUUUGCUCUUGUGCACAUUUGGUUUGGGAUCCUCAAUGGCUUCAGUGCUCAGUCUCUGUACGAGACGUGGUUCAUCGCUCUCUACACUGUCUUCUACACUGCAACGCCGGUGAUGUGCAUGGCUUUCUUUGAACAGGAUGUGAGUGCAGAGAGCAGCCUGAAAUUGCCUGAACUGUACAAGAGUGGGCAGAAGAAGGAGCUCUCCAGCCCUAGAAAGCUGGUCACGUAUCUUCUGUAUGCGGUCUACAUGUCUCUUGUUCUCUUUUUCAUCCCAUGUGGAGUUUUCUACAACACGGCCUAUGACUACCAGACCAUGGCGGUCACUGUCUCGAUGGCUGCGACCUUCGCUGUUACAGUUGAGAUUGUGAUACUGACCAAAUACUGGACAAAGUUCAGCAUUGCAGCUCUGUGCGUCUCGGUGGUUAUGUUCUUCAUCUGUAGCAGAAUCACACACAGCACUCGCCUUUUUCAGAGCUCGCCCGCCGACUAUUUCUUCCUUGGUGUGUCUGAAAAGGCCUUCAUUGAUCCAGUGGUGUGGCUCACAGCUUUGCUCACAGCUUGGGCUGCUGUUCUGCCCUCGGUUACGUCUCACGCCUUCAGUGUCAUUCUCAGUGUGCACAACAAACACAAGAUACACAACUCAUCCCCUCCUCCAGUGGAGCUGAGGUCAAGGUUUGCAAGAGGGUCAUCACUCCGUCGGUCAUCGUACGCCAUCUCUCAGGGAGCCGCACCUGGACGCCUCAUUCAUUCAGCGACUAGCAUCCACAGAGCAGAGGCGUUAAAGGAAGAGAAAGUAUCUACAAGUAAAAAGCUAUGUGAUAUUUGAGGUCAAAGUCUAAGCAAUGCUUCUGCGUGGUGGUGUGCCAAAGUGCUUUCAGACUUUCUAUUUCUGAGUCAGAGUAGAUACAACGUGAGAUAAGAAGUUGAAUGCGGUGCCCCACAGAGGGCCUGGGAACUUUUUAUCUGUCACAGAAGAUCCGAUGCAGGCUUUGCAGGUGAACAGGUGUAGAACCCUGAAUAACUUUUCAGUCAGGUUAAUUUAUAAUUGAUUAGUGAUCAGUCCAGUCUGCAUUCACUCUACUGAAGCAAGAACAAUUUGUUGCAGAGCUGUGGAUAAUAAGUCUUGUAGUAGAGUGCUGGUCAUUCCUUCGCCAUUUUGUAUCUUUAAAAUUUUUUUUUAUACAUUUCAUGACAUUUUCUGCUACAAAAUGGAGCUGCCAAUCGCAAAGACCUCACUUACUGACCGUGCAUCAAUUUGUACCUGCUGGGGUUGACAACUGAUGGCUGAAAGUUGCUGGACGUCAUUUACAGAUAUUCUGGUUUGAUUAGGAGUUAUAAUCCGCCAUAUGUUAGCAGAAUAAACUGACCUGAUCGUGGAUCAGAACCAAAAGUAAAAGGGAUUAGGAUGCAAUAUAUUUUCAGUUAGUAAUACAAGAUUAAAUAAAAUCCUGCACACAAUUUUUAUUACAGUUUAUCUCUAUAAUUUAUGAAAAUACUUAACAAAAAAUAGAUGGGUUAUGAUUAAAGAAAAUAGAGAUAAAAUGGCUUGAUUGCAGGUACAAAAUGGCAAUGGGAGUGGAUUAAAUUGUGUGUAUAGAUAAGAAAUCAGAGUAGAAAUUGGCAAAAAGGCAAAAUGACCAGGAACUAUUGCUGUAGCUCCUCUGCCUUGUUUGUUUGUGUUUAUAAAGAUCAAUUUAAAGUCAGAUUAGCUACCAUGAUUCCAUUGUUUCUGCAUGAGUAGUUAGUAAUAUUUCUAAAGUUUUAUUGGAAAACCGUAAUGUUAAUUGUCUCUGCAUAUACAACUAAAUCUCUGUAUUUUAAAGGGGAGUAUAUGGCAUUUUAGUAUAAUUCAUUUAGCCCCGUUUUACUAAUAAAACUAUUAGAGAAAACGUAUUUACUUGUCUUUCAAUCAAUCCACACACAAUAAAUCAACAACCCCACUUUGUUUUACAAUUGUUUUAUUUGUUAAUUUAUUUCAAAACACGCAAUUUUUUACCCAUAUUAUCCUUUUUAAGAUUUUUUUUAUUUUUCUGUAACAGUUAUUACUCAGGUUUUUUACCUUCUCAAGAGUCUCAGCUAGAGUGAAACUAAAAGUCCUCCACAGGCUCUCCGGCUUCUGCAGUGGGAGGAGGAUGGGAGAGAGGCUUUCUGGUCAGACGCGAGCGGGUCGCUUCCCCGUUUUUCUACGCGAGCGGGAUGUGUGUUUGUGUCCAUGUCAGACCAGGCUAUGGGUGUCUACAUGUGUGCGUUUUAAGUGCAAGAUGUGGAAUGUCCCACAUGGCCGGGUAAAUCACAAGACCCGUAGAGCAGCCCAGAAAGAUGAGUAUUGUCUUCCAGGUUUGGCAGCCAGAUUGUCACACCUUUGAUUUCAUCUUUGGUUUCAGAAAAUGAAAGAAAAAGAAAACACUCUCAAAGGGGCAGAUUCACCCUCUGCAGCAUGUGCCUAUGUCUGUUUGUGUAUCUGUAAGUCUGACCGAGUGCAGUACAAGCCACCGUCUCUCCAGACGACUUUGUAAACUCGAGUAGGAACAAUGUUAAGUGUCUUUGCAUUGAUUGUGGCCCUUCCUUGGCGCUGGGGGACAAAGACAGUCAAACAUUGUGGGACAGUGGAGCCAUGACAAGUGGAAGGGAGAGGGGGGUGGGAAAGGAGGAGGGUCAACUUGCAAACAUCAGCACGGGGCUCCAUUUUGGCAUCAGUGGCAGUUUGGGGCUUUUGUAGUGAAAAUACGGGGUGCUGCAGUGCCGCUUCAUCUCUGGCCGCUCAGGGCUAAAACUAGCUGAGCGACUGGUGCUGCUUCACCCUCGUUCAGCUCAUGAGACGGGCGGGAUGAACAGAGGUGAAGGGUCAAACAGUGAGUGCUAAAAUGUAGAGUGGGGGUGGCCGGGGCUUGAGGGUUAUACACUCUGACCCAGCAGCAACGAUUAAGAUUGGGGAGGGUCAGGUGUUUGCAUAGUUCUCUGUGCAAAAGCCACCAACCGGAGCCAUUUUUAUUUCCUCGCGGCUGGCUACAUCAUCAUUAGAUCAGCGGGAGUCGGGCGGUGGGUGAUGGGAAGCAUGGUCUUUGCACCGCAGCUCUCUGUUUUUUUUGUACUCCUCCAUAGAGGCAGGAGAUGAGGCAGAGCGAAGAGCGAGAGAGGGUGAAGAAGUGAGAGUUCUGCCAACAAUGGGAUGAAAGAUGACUAUAUCUGAGUGAAUGGGGGGGGGGACGAGAGGGGGCAGUCGUUUGGCAGUCGCACACUGCAGUUCGCCACGAUCCAGAGAGCCUCUUCUCCCGUGAUUUUUGCUCUCCUAUCCUCCCCUUCCUCCUUCCCACUGGCCUGCCCUCUCUCUACCUUUUUUCUUGUUUUGAAACUGAUUGUCUUCUACCAUCACAAAGACACUUGGUUCUGAUUGAUUAACAGGUAACAGAAGAGGGAGAGCACAGUGUGACUGGGGGUGUCUCUACAUCGGCCCCGCCAGGGCAACCCGUCGAGUCCGGUCACGAGACGUCGCCCCACGCGACAUGCUGUUUGACAGCAAAACGCGGGAAACGCUCCGGGCCGGACGCCGAGUUGCCACGUGGUUCCGCUGUCGGUUGGUCAGUCAAUCGGCAAGAAAUGGUUUGAGAUUUUUGCAUGACAAAUAUUGCAACCCAUAGCAAUGGAACGUAAAAUAGAAAAAAAAAA